AUGGCGGGUUACAUUACACUACUUCAGUGCUGGAUAUACGAGCACUUUCUGACGGUGCAUCAGUGCAUCAUUGAUGAUGCUUAUGCUGAGGCAAGCCCACGUGCCUCCAGGUGGCUUACGAGUAAGGCUCAUAUGACGAGGAUCAAGAGAGCCCAAUACCGGGCACGUAUAAAAGCCCUGACCGUGACUAACGUGUUCUGGAUGCCCUAUGCUGAGCACCGAGGAGUUAAGGGCUUUGACUUGAUCUCGGCGUACACGGGCCAGCUCAGAUGGGGUCAGAUUGUCGUCUACGUUCGACCAGAGCGGGUUGUUCGACAAUUCAGGUACAUUCAGACCGUCCCUCCGCCGCCAAUUCGUGAUUCGUUGACAGAUGCUGAUAUAGACGGUCAGUGGCUGCACUUUUCAGACCAUCUAGUACCUGCGGGGGAGAUCUGUGCAGUUCCUGUCCAGGUGGCACCAGAUUACAUGGAUUGGUUUUUUUGGAUUUUGCACCCGUUCGUCACGCCGACCGAGGACAAUGCUGAGCUGAGACAUCCGCCUACCCCACAUGAUGAGGAGUUCGUCAAGCCACCUAUCCCGGAGGUUUCAAUUGCAUCCGAUCUCCCUACGUAUUCAGUGGUUGACUACCAAGGAUGUCAAGGGAUGGCUGAGGAUUUAGGAGCGAUUGCUGAGGAUUUGGAGCGGGUCAUCAACCUCAGGAUGGUCAUUGAAGGCACUGACUUAUAUGCCAUCAUGGCUCGUUACAUGAGGAGAGUUAGAGGUGACGCCGCAUAUGGAAAUCUUAGGCCGCGACAAAGACGCCGCAUAGAUUAG